GGGACGAGCAAAACACCCAAGAUUCAGGCAAUCAGAGCAACAAUUGCAAUGGGCAAACGUGGCGGAAAGAAUUUCCGCGGCAAACGAGGAGGGGGCGACAACCGCGGAUCGCGCUCUGGCCCAAGAGAGUACGCUGCCGUUCAGAAGCAGAAUGAAAAGUUUGAGAGAUUCUACAAUGAAUUGGGGAUAGUUGAAGAUGUGGAACGCGAGGAGUUUUGGACAGCCUUGCGCCGGGAGCUUCCAAACAGCUUCCGCUUCACUGGUUCAAGAGGCCAUGCGCUCGCAGUCCAGCAACGUCUCAUCGACCACUACAUCCCCGAGAUCACUGCGGUCAAGCAUUUUGACGAGCCCGUCGAGCCGCCGAAGCCCGUCUCUUGGUUCCCGGACCAGCUGGCCUGGGCAAUGACCACUCCGAAAAAUGUUAUCCGGCGAUUCCCCCCAUUCGCUUCUUUCCAAAAGUUCCUUGUCUCCGAGACUAGUGUUGGAAAUAUCAGCAGACAGGAAGUCGUUAGCAUGAUUCCUCCUCUGCUGAUGGACUUGAGACCCGGCAUGACCGUGUUGGACCUGUGCGCUGCGCCUGGCAGCAAGUCGGCGCAACUCAUUGAACUCGUUCACGGCGGAGAAGAGGCCCGCGUGCGCAAGGUUCUGCACCAAGUCGCAAAAGAGCAGAGCCGUGACGUGAGCCCCGAUGGAGCAGAAAUCGACGCUGAACAGGAACAAAUCCAGACCGAGGGUGACUGGUCCGACGACGGCCGAUCGACUGGUCUCUUGAUUGCCAACGAUUCCGACUAUAAGCGCAGCCAGAUGCUUGUCCACCAGGUCAAGCGCCUCAACUCGCCGAACCUUAUUGUCACCAACCACGACGCCAUCAUGUUCCCUUCGAUCAAGAUUCCCUCCGAUCCGGCGCCCGAAGGCCAGAAGCCCAAGAACAAGUACCUCAAGUUUGACCGCAUUCUUGCCGACGUGCCUUGCUCUGGUGACGGAACCUGCCGCAAGAACCCUAACGUGUGGAAGGACUGGAUUCCCGGCAACGGACUUGGGCUCUACGUGACUCAAGUCCGCAUCCUCGUUCGCGCUCUCCAGAUGCUCAAGGUCGGCGGCAAGGUCGUGUACUCGACCUGCAGUAUGAACUCCGUCGAGAACGAAGCUGUCGUCUCGAGCGCCAUUGACCGCUGCGGUGGCUCGGCCAAGGUGAGCCUGCUUGACUGCAGCGACAAGCUGCCCGGGCUGAAGCGCCGUGCGGGUCUGAACGACUGGAAGGUCAUGGACAAGCAAGGCCGAAUCUGGAACUCGUGGAAGGAAGUGGAGGAAGCCAAGGAGAAGGAAGGUUCCGAAGGAUUUGGAAGACUGACCGAAGGCAUGUUCCCUCUCGAGAUGCCCGAGGGCGAGUCUCGCCCGCCGCUUGAGCGAUGCCUGCGCGUGUAUCCUCACCUGCAGGACACUGGCGGAUUCUUCAUCUGCGUGCUCGAGAAGCUCUCCGAGAUCAAGGCGCGACCCGAGGGCCAGUCCAGAAAGACGGAACCCACCCCGCCCGUUAUUGCGGCUGUCAACGAGAUUGCCGCCCGGCCAACCAACGAAAAGAUACCCACCGAGAAGAUCAACGCGCUUGACGAGCUGGCGCCGCCUAUCGUCUCGAAUGACGUUGAGGACCCUACAGCCGCGAUGCGACAGAACGAGGAGAACACGCCGAGCGUGACAGCGACGCCGGCCGAGGGCCCGUCCUCUUCUGCCACUACCCCAGCCACCAAGCACGGGCUCGAGGAGGACGAGAGCGAUGCUCAAGGCGCCUCUAAGCGCGUCAAGGUCAGAGACGAGCCGGAUGCUCCCGCCGCCCCGCCAGCUACGGAAGCAGGCCGACUCGUCCACUACCCUCCGCCACCUGCUGCCGUUCUUGCUGCCCCUGCCCCUGCCCCUGCUGCUGCUGCUGCUGCUGCUGCUCAGCCAGACACAGCUGCUCAGCCGCCCAAAAAGAAGCCUAACCAACCCUACGAGGAACCCUUCAAGUACCUCGACCCAGAACAUCCCGAGCUGCAGAAAAUCUACGGUUUCUACAGCUUAUCGCCGCGCUUCCCGCGCGACCGCUUCAUGGUGCGCAACGCCACGGGUGAGCCCGUCAAGGCCAUCUACUACUCUUCUUCUCUCGCGCGGGACAUUCUGCGCGAGAACGAGGGCAAGGGCAUCAAGUUCGUGCACUGCGGCAUCAAGAUGUUCAUGAAGCAGGACGUGCAAAAGGAGGGCGUGUGCAGAUGGCGCAUCCAGGCCGAGGGCCUACCCAUUCUCGAGGCCUGGGUCGGCGAUCAGCGCGUCGUGCGCCUGUAUAAGCGCGAGACGCUGCGGAAGUUGCUGGUCGAAAUGUUCCCUGCUGUUACGGGCAAGGGCGGCGAUGGCUGGAAGCAGCUCGGCGAGAUUGGUGAGCGGGUCCGGGAUAUCGGAAUGGGAUGCUGUGUUCUCCGUGUCGAGACCAGUGAUGAUCCUGAUGGAUUCAAGUAUGUCUUUGUCUCUCUCGUUACAAUUUCUUUUACCCCUCUUUUUCCUUUUUCUUACAUCCACUCAUCAUUUCCUCUUUCUCCUUAUUCUUAUAUCCCUUCAUCAUUCCUCUUCUUCUUUAUCCUUACAUCCACUCAUCAUUGUCAUGAUUAUCCUCAUCCACCCCCUCCAUUGCCUUGUACUUGCCAAGUCCAAUUUGAAUCAGAUCAACUAACAACUUCUUUUUCCAACACCAACAGAGAACGCAUGGUCCUGCCCCUCUGGCGAUCCCUCCACUCUCUCAACCUCAUGCUUCCCAAGGAAGAACGACGGGCUAUGCUCCUCCGUCUGUACAACGACGAUUCCCCUCUCCUCGACCACUCCAAGGACCGCUUCAUCGACAACGAAAUGCCUCCUCCUGCUUCUUCUUCUGACGCUACUCCUGCUCCUAUUCCUGUCCCUGCCCCUGCCACUGCUGAUGCCGGUACUCCCGCCGUUGCCGCUGCCGCCGACGCGACAGCGCCCUCGACCGAACAAUUCACCGACGGCGCCGGCCAAGACGUCAUCGGCGCCGCGGGCCUCUCGAGCAUCGAAGAAGCCGCUGCUCUCAAAAACGAGGACGCGGCCAUGGCAGACGUCGAGCACGAGGCGGCGACCAAAGUCGAUGUCGAGGCGGGGAUUCAAGACGAGGAUAAACAUUUGGAUGUUUGAUUUUUGCUAGUCCUUUUUUUAAUCCCUUUCUCCUUUCUCUUUAUCCUCACAUUUUUCCCGUCACGUUUUUCCAUCCUCAAUUUAUCAAAAUCUUUCUUUAUUUCUUUCUCCUUUUCUCGAAGGAAUGAGGGAUAGUUCUGUGCAUGUACGAGUACAUGUACAAGUACAAGUAUACGCUAUACAUUUUUUUGGGAAGAUGUCUGUAGUAACGUAACGUAACGUAACGUAAGGGUGGGAGAAAAUAUAAAAAGCAAAUUAUCACUUUCUUCUUGAUAUUGUGGGCUAGGCUACAGCAUG